AUGUCGAUCAGCAGCUCAAAGAUAUCCCUCGUCGACAAUACUGUGCCUGAUCGAACCUCCCGUAUUGGUACGGGUGGGGGAGGGGAAGAUCUAAGCCUCUCAGCAAGCUCACCCACGUUUACCACAGUGACGAAGAAAUUAACAAAAGAAUCCGUGAAAGAUAGCUUCCAACGAAGGAAAUAUGCGAAGUUCCAGAAGAAUAAAUAUGGCAACGGAGAUGGACACGACGGUGUCGAGGGGGAGGGUGAAGGCCGACUCAGCCUGGAUAUAUCUCCAUCUCACCGGGAUUCUCCGGACAGAGCGGUAGAACAGCAGACCCCGAAAGGCAAUUUCACGAAUCCCAGCAAACAGACUGCCGCCGAAACCGUUGAGGUCGCGUCGGAACCUGCCGAGGUCCUUCCAGACCCCUCGUUGUCCCAGGGACACCCUGGAGCGGGCGAAAUCAGCGAAAUCGACGUGUUGUACGAGAACCAGCGCGGCUGGUGGUUCUUCGGUGUCCCUCUGUAUUCAGCAAAGUCACUACUGCAUCUGGACCCAUCUGCCUGGCUCACCCGCAACCUCGAGGAUAGCCCCGUCAACAUCACGAAUGCGCAGGUGCCCGACCCCAGCUGGGAAUGGGCGUGGGAUACGUGGUAUAUCGACAUGUCCUACGAUGUCGAUGAGGGCGGGUGGCAGUAUUCCUUUGCGUUCUCGUCGCGGUUUGGGUGGCAUGGGACGCAUCCGUGGUAUCACUGCUUUGCGCGCCGGAGACGAUGGUUGAGGAAAAGGGUUAAAAAAGUUAGCAUUGGGGCUGAGGAGGAUAUUGUUAUGGGAAAGACGCGAUCCUUAAAUGAGGUUUGUUUUACGGUUAGUUCGUGUCGGGCGCCAAGUGUUGGACUUCGGAGUCGGCGGGUAAGCCGUGGGACGCUUUCGAGUGCGGGUGAGAUGAGAGCGGAUGACAUUUUGCCUGACGAUAUUACCAAUAUCGGUAUGUUAUUGAGCGCGAUGAAGAUGGCUCCGUUGGAUAGAGAUAAAAUUCUCGCUAUUCAGCAUUUCGUGCAGCAUGGAGGGGAGGACUUGUAUUUUUUUCCGGAAAAGAUGCCCGAGAUUCUAUCACUGUUCAUGUAUAAAACCUCCUAUCGUCACCUAUUAGACUACUUUAUACGGACUAUUGAGAGCAUUCCCGCAACAUCUAAGGGGGCUGAAAAACGGAAGCGAGAAAGCCUUAUCAAAGUCAUUGAGGACGAGAAGCUGAAGGGGCUGCAUUUUUGGAGUGAUAAAAAGGCAGUGGCUAGGGAGGAACGCCCUCUAUUGACAGAUGGCGGAGUGGGCGAAUCGGAUGACCACCCUUCCCGAAGAUCCAAAGGCAAGGAAGUUGUGCGGAACGUGGAAGACAGGGAGUAA